AUUUCAAAAAUUAAUGCCAAUAUUUUCAGGUGAUAAUCUUGAAGUCCAAAUCAAUCCAGAAUUAAAUGAAGGGGAAAAACUUCAUGUACUGGUAACACAUGAUGGAUUGAAAGCUGGCUGGAUGCCUGAAGGAGAACAACCAUUGAAAAAAAAGGACAAGGCAGAUCAGUCCAUAUAA